GUCAGGAUCAGCAUCCCUUUGAUAGUGAAAUUAAAUCACAAUCAUGACAGAUGAAAUGAAAAUUACGCCACCAUCGCCUCGCGGUACGAAACGAAAAGUCGAUGACACCCUCGCACCUCCUGCACCACGAAGGAUCAAAGCACUUGCGCAGGAUGUUGUCAACAAGAUUGCGGCAGGCGAGAUCAUUGUAGCGCCAGUACACGCGCUGAAAGAGCUGAUGGAGAACGCUGUCGAUGCAGGAUCGACAUCAUUGGAAAUCCUAGUGAAAGACGGCGGCCUGAAGCUGUUGCAAAUCUCAGACAAUGGUCAUGGAAUCGAUAAAGAGGAUCUACCCAUCUUGUGUGAGCGCUUCACAACAUCCAAACUGAAGGCUUUCGAGGACCUCACCUCUAUCGGCACAUACGGCUUCCGAGGUGAAGCACUUGCAAGCAUUAGUCACAUUGCUCACUUGAAGGUCACGACAAGAACGAAGGAGUCGAGCUGUGCUUGGGAAGCUCACUAUUCAGAUGGCAAGCUGGUGAGCCCUAAGCCAGGACAGAGUGCCGAGCCAAAGGCCAAAGCUGGGAGGAAUGGCACGGUCAUUACGGUCGAGGAUCUAUUCUACAACGUGCCUUCGAGACGACGUGCUUUUCGCUCAGCAAGCGAAGAGUAUGCCAAGAUACUCGAUAUGGUCGGCCGGUAUGCUGUUCAUUGCACUGGCGUAGCAUUUUCAUGCAAGAAGGCAGGCGAUAACACUGGAAGUACUGUGUCAGUUCCUGCGUCUGCGGGGACGAAAGACCGCAUAAGACAAAUGCAUGGUAGCACAGCAGCAAACGAACUUGUUAACCUCAAGGCUGAAGACCAGCGAUGGGGUUUCAAGUGCGAAGGCUGGGUGAGCAAUGCAAAUUACAGCUCGAAACGCACGAAUUUGUUGCUCUUCAUAAACCACAGAUCUGUCGAGUCGCAAGCGAUCAAGAAGAGUGUCGAACAGACCUACGCGAUGUUCUUGCCUAAGGGUGGCCAUCCGUUCGUGUACCUCAGUCUCGAGAUUGAACCGCAACGAGUCGAUGUCAACGUGCAUCCGACGAAACGUGAGGUCCACUUCCUGAACGAGGACGAGAUCACUGCCAUGAUCUGUGAUGAAAUCCGCGAGAGUUUGAGCAAGGUCGAUACGAGCAGAUCCUUCAUGACACAGUCACUGCUAUCGAAUCCAAAAGUCCCACUCGCUACACCUAUCAAGCAAACGACGUCCGCAAUUCUAGACACAGACAACACACCUGAGCACAGUGCGUCACGUGUUCCUAGGACGGCCACAAAAAGACCGUACGAAAAUAGCUUGAUACGAACAGAUGCCUCGGCGCGUAAAAUUACAUCCAUGUUGCGACCCGAGCGAACUAUAGAGGAGUCUAUUAUCGAGGGCGGUGAUGAUGAUGCAGAGUACGAGCAUACCGAACGGGAACCAAUGGCUUGUCGACUCACAUCUGUCAAAGAAUUACGCGGCGAGGUACGAGAUGCCAUGCACAACGAACUCACUGACAUCAUCUCGACACAUACCUUCGUGGGUAUUGUGGACGAGCAGAAGCGCAUCGCUGCGAUUCAGGGUGGUGUGAAGCUGUUCCUGGUCGAUUAUGGCAUGCUUUGCAACGAGUACUUCUAUCAGGUCGGCCUCACAGACUUUGCGAACUAUGGAACGAUACGAUUCAAUCCACCACUGCCCUUGCAUGAUCUGUUGAAGAUAGGAGCAGGUCAAGAGAUGAAUAGCGCAGGCGAUGCAGCCGAAGAGGUCGACUGGGACGCAGCUAUUGAGGGUGUCCACGACCUACUGAUUAGCAAAGCACCACUGCUCAGCGAGUACUUCUCCAUCGAGAUUACUCCAGAAGGCGAGCUAUGUUCCAUACCCAUACUGAUCAAAGGCUAUACCCCUUCACUGGCGAAGCUACCGGAGUUUCUUAUCCGUCUUGGUCCUCAUGUAAAUUGGGAUGAUGAGAAGCUAUGCUUCCAGGCUCUCUUGCGCGAGCUAGCGUCAUUCUACACCCCAGAGAGCUUACCGCUCCCACCUUCAUCCUCAUGUGAUGAGAACAAGAAAGCAAAAGAGAAUGCGAUUCAAGAGGAUCCUGAGAUUGCGCUCAGACGUAAGAAGUUGAGGAAAGCGGUCGAGCACGUUAUCUUCCCGGCUUGCAAAGCAAGACUCGUGGCCACGAAGGGAUUACUGAAGGGUGUCAUGGAAGUUGCAAAUCUGAAGGGUCUGUACAGAGUCUUUGAGCGGUGCUGAAAGUUCGAUGUGAAGACGGCGUAAACAUACAAAGAAACAUAACUUUUUUGACAACGACUUUCGCCUCUAUAGUCCAAUGUUCGUGAUAACACGAACAAUUGACAGAUCUGAUAUGAAGAUACCAUGUGCAGCAUAUGCACAGCUGGCAUGAUAAGUCCUCAGACCGGAAUCCUCCAUAUGUGGUUAAGUAACGAAAGAAGCUCGCAUUAUAUCAGCCUUGGAAGACACUACCAGU